UUCAUUCACACAUUACUAAUAGCAUGCUGUAAAUAUAAAUAUGAUGUUUCAUACAAGACACAUAACUAAAACUGUUUAUGUGCAGUUUUAAUCCACAAUUUGAUUCAACUAAACCAUUUUGUGAUAUUUACAUUUAUUCAUUUGGCAGACACUUUUAUCCAAAGCAACUUACAAGUAGGAGAGCAUAUAAACAUUUUGUCAACACGCUAAACAGUACCUUUAGUAUACAAGGCCAUGCUACUAGGAGGAUUAAAGUUGGAGUAAGCAAAGGAGAGAAUGAACAAACUUUUUUUUUUUGACAGACAGAAAUAGUACAGAGUUUUUGGUUAGUCAAAUAAAUGCGGAACAGGUACGUUUUGAGCUGUUUUUUGAAACUUGUGAAGGAUGCUGCAGUUCGGAUGGAGGCUGGUAGUUCAUUCCACCAAAGGGGAACCGAAUAAGUAAAGGUUUUUGCAAGCGAUGAUAUGUAUGUUGUUUAACUGAAGUGUCAUUUUUACCACUAGAAAUAGGGAUUGUUCAUCCAAAAAUAAAAAUUCUGUCAUUAUUUAUUUACCCUCAUGUCAUUCCUCUGUAAAACACAACAGAAGAUGUUUUGAGAAAUGUCUCAGAGGUAUUGUGUCCAUAGGGGCCAGUGUUGUUUAGUUGUCAAUGUUCUUCAAAAUAUAUUUUGUGUUCUGCAGAAGAAAGAAAGUCAUACAGGUUUGGAAUGACAGGAGGGUGAGUGAAUGAUGAAAUAGUUUUCAUUUUGGGGUGAACUAUCACUUUAAAUACUCACUGCAGAUAUUCCGGAUUAUGUCCCUCCAUGUUUUUUGUAGCCUAUUUGUUUUCGCAGUGCAAUAGCAUAUUUCCUACAACUAUUACUGAUAUUUGACAUUUUACAUCAGAUGCCAAUACUUUUUUAUUUGGCCAUGGAGUCAAAUGUGUUAUCUCUGUCCAGAAACCAUAAAACAGGUAGUGAAGUUUAUCUCUAGCAUUACCCAAUUUUCUAUAAAACUAUAAAGAUGCCAUCACUUGCUGAUUAAAAAUCUCAGAUUGCUUGCGUUUUACAUUUACUGAUAAUGUACUUCUGUUUGUUUUUGGUUUCCUUCUUAAUUUGUUCAUUUGCUCUAUUUCUGUAUUAUUGAUACAUUUCUUUUAAUUUACAGUAUUAUGAGUGAAUAUAAGCACAUUCGGCUAAUAGUCAAUACUAAUUACAAUGUUCAUAUUUUAGCACUGUACCUGAGAUCUUGAGCUCAUCCAAAGCUUCAUCAUGGACAAACAAAGAAGAGCAGCAUCCACUGGAACUACUGGAGAUGAUCGCUUCAUUUCUCCUGAGCUGGACCGCUUGGUCAGGCAGAGAGCCAGAGACCUGCGUCUCCGCAAGACUGACCAACAGCGUGCUGUGAGGAUAGUUAAUCAUCUAAUCGAUAGCCUGGUGGAUUUCCUGAAGAACAAUGAAGAUCAGGCCUUCUUUAAGGAGGUCUCAGUCCUCACCAGUGGGAGCUACUAUGAGAUGGUGAAGAUUAACAAACCCAACGAGUUUGACAUUAUGCUGAAACUAAAAGUGCCACGGGUUACAUUGUCAGCACUGGAAGAAUAUGAUGGACUGUUUUAUUCGGUCAAGCUUUACAAAUCGACGCGUUUAAAUGUCCAGCACUUUCUUUUGGAAGAUGGCCGUACCAUCUCAGCCACAAAAAUCAAAAAAGAAAUGCACCGCUUGGUCCGUAAAUUCCUUGGCAACUAUAAAGGUGAGGGUUGCUGGGUGAUGCAUAGACUACAGCUGACUUCACCUGCAAUAACCCUUGAAUUAAAACCCCAAAAUGAAGAAGAGGAUGUAUUAUCUCUAGACAUCGUUCCUGCCCUUGAGGUGCUACAGGGAUGGCCGCAAGCCGCACGGGCAGGUCCAGAUAUAGACAGGUGGCUUGGAAAGCGAUGUCGCCGCAACUUUACCAGCAAGGCUGUCUAUUUUGUCCCAAAAGGACCGAAAGCGAAAAAUCUCAAAGAUGAGGCCAAAGAGAGUUGGCGGAUAUCCUUCUCUCACAUUGAGAAAGAGAUGAUCCAGUAUCACGGCAAUAAGAGAACGUGUUGUGAGGGUCCUUCCAAUAAAUGUUGCCGGAAACUUUGUUUACGACUUCUUAAGUGUCUAAUUGAGGGAUUAAAGCAGCGUUUUCCAAAAGAGUUGGAGCCACUGUCCUCCUACCACGGUAAAACAGCCUUCUUCCACACGCUCUCAGUCAGAGAGCAAGACUCAUUUUGGGCUCCUGGUCAGCUGUCUGUCUGCUUCAUGAAGCUCUUUGGAGACUUCGAACGAUGUGCACAAAGUGGUACACUAUUUCACUUCUUUGUUCGUGGGCAUAACCUUUUCUCUCCUCCGGUCUUUCCGAAGAGGACUCUUGCAUUUCUGACAAAUGCUCUGAAGGAGCAAGGAGAAUCAGGGUUCCCUGUUUUGAGGGAGCCAAGUCCUACCCCUGCUCUUGUUUCUGACAAUGAACCUCUAAUUGAUCCAAAUUCAGUCAAUGACACAGAAGGGAUUGUAGCUUGUAAAGGUUAUAAUAGGUAUUUCUUUAUGGGCUUGUGUGUUUUCUGUGUUUUUGUGUCUGCGGUAAUUGGAUGUGUAUUUUAACAAAUUUCAUUUAAAUAAAAACAGUGUUUCCACAUAAAAACUUUGUUAUGAAUGUGUUGUAUUGGGAAUGCAUACGACAUAUUUAAAUGUUGUUUUGUUUCAUAUUGCGUUAUGUACUGUGUAAUGUAUGUACAGUGUUUGUACACAUUCAUAUUGGAGGGAUCAUAAACUGUGAAUUGUGGAAAUACAAAAUCUGAAGGGCAGACAAUUUACAGAUUUUUAUUGUCAAUAACUUAUAUUAUGUGUAUUCUAAUAUUUGUUAUAUGUAAUAGUGACUAUUGAAGUUUUCAAAUUACAAUAAAUAAAUUAAUUAAUAAAGAGAUGA